AUGUCGGAAGCUUUCACCCUCGACCCCAAGGAAACUGCUCUCCUCUUCAUUGAAUACCAAAAUGAAUUCACAACCGAAGGAGGAAAGCUCCAUGGAGCAGUCAAGGAGUGCAUGGAAAAGACCAACAUGUUGGAGAAUUCCAAAAAGUUGAUGGAUGCCGCUCGAGAAGCAGGAUGCACCAUUAUCCACGCACCCAUUGCCUUUGAAAAGGGACACAAUGAGAUUGCCGACAAACCGUACGGAAUUUUGGCAGGAGUCAAGGAAGGAGAAGCCUUUACAGCUGGAGAGUGGGGAUCCGAGUUCUGCGAUACCAUGAAACCCAAAGAUGGAGACAAGAUUGUCAAGGGAAAGACUGGGCUCUGCAGUUUUUAUUCCACCAACCUGGAUUUCCUUUUGAGACAUGGCAAGAUUUCGAACGUUGUCAUUGGUGGCUUUUUGACCAACUGCUGUGUGGAAUCUUCGAUGCGUUCUGCUUAUGAGCAUGGUUUCAAAGUAUACACGCUAAAGGACGGGUCCUCUGCCACUGCGGUGGCCGCCCAUGACAAUGCCUUCGAGCACGAUUUCGGCAUGUUUAGCAUUCCCACUACUUGCGACGAUGUCAUCAAAUCCCUCAAAUCCAAUCAGUAA